ACUGUACCAUUAGAGGUGCACAUGAGAGUGCACAGCUGCCAGCCAUGAGGAAGGUGACCAUUGUUUUGGCGCUCUUGUGCUGCGUUGCAGCCCAAGAAUGCAACCCUCGCCAGUUCACAUAUGACAGUGUGGUUUGCGUCUGCGACGCUACCUACUGCGAUCAACCAGGCGUCAUAGAGUUCCCUGAAGAAGGAAGCUUCACCGUCAUCACCUCCAGCAGAGAAGGCCUCAGGUUCAACGUGGAAACUCUCCCCGUCUCCAGUGAAGAAACUCCAGACGCUGAGGUAGUGACACUGAACAAAGAAGACGUAUACCAGACCAUCUUAGGCUUCGGUGGCGGCUUCUCUGACUCCACAGGUUACAAUGUAGUUUCUCUCUCCAGCGAACUUCAGGACCAGUUCUUCAUAUCUUACUUUGCUCCUGAAGGAAUCGGAUACACCUUUGGUCGCAUCCCUAUCGCUGGCACCGAUUGCUCCACCAGGAUUUACUCCUACGAUGAUGUGGAGGGAGACGUUGAUCUUGAGUACUGGAGCCUAACGGAAGAGGAUCACGAAUAUAAGAUUCCUCUGAUCCUGCGAGCGCAUGAUUUGACAACUUAUCCGCUGAAGCUGAUCGCCACGCCUUGGGCUCCUCCUGCCUGGAUGAAGAGUAAUGGCGCGGUCAAUGGCUCAGGAGUACUGAUAAGAGAGUUUUUUCAACCCUAUGCUAAUUACAUUGUCAAAUUUGUAGAGGCAUAUGAGGCUGAAGGAGUCGAACUGUGGGGGCUAACUCCAGCGAAUGAACCUCUUGGUGGCCUCAUUGACUGGGAUAUUAACACUUGUGGAUGGUCUUCUGAAUCAAUAAGAGACUGGUUGAAGGAUAACCUGGGACCAGCGUUAGACACUGCUGGAUAUAGUGGCCUGAAAAUAAUGAUACAUGACUUUAAUAGGAACACACUGCCCUGGAACAUCGAUCCGAUCCUUGAGGACCCUGACAGUGCUCAGUACGUCUACGGUAUAGCUUUACAUUGGUACGAGGACACCAGAACAAACCCGGAGGUUCUCGACGAGGUCCACGAGCUGUACCCAGACAGGUUCAUUCUUUACACAGAGGCUGCCCAUGAACACGGAAUACAACUUGGGUCAUGGGAGCGAGCUGAGGAAUACGUCAACUACAUGUUGGAUGAUCUGAAUCACUAUUCCACGGGCUGGCUGGACUGGAACAUGGCUCUCGACACUGUGGGAGGACCCAAUUGGAUCCACAAAUACCGCGAUUCUCCCAUCAUUGUAGACGCUGAAGCGGACGAGUUUUACAAGCAACCAGUGUUCUACACUAUUGGUCACGUGAGCAAGUUCGUGGUCCCUGGUGCUGAGCGUAUCUCCUGGUCGACGACGGCCACUACCUUGCAGGUGGCUGCCUUCAAUGACCCGUCAGGCCGCACCGUCGUUGUUAUCCUCAACCUAGCUGAAGUGGAAGAAGAUGUGACCGUGACAGAUGGAUCUGAAACUUACCUCAACUUCAGGAUACCAGCUAAAGCCAUCCAGACAAUCCUAUACUAGCAUCCUUCAGCACCAAGCUAAACCUUCUCAGCUAAUAGAUCUUACUAAUGGUUCGCUCCUCAGAAUCUGCAAAAUGUUUAAUAAAAGGCUUCGACCUGAUCAAUACUGCAGGGAUGACCAGAUUUAGCCUGACUUACGUCAAAGACCAAAGAAGGGGAAAUAUCUUGUUUUUUUGUCCGCUUGAUAAUCUUCGCGAGAUCAGUUUAUCCAUCAGUCCAAGUUGAAUUUAGGACCGGACCUCAAGACCUCUCUUGGUUUAUAUUUUCGUUUUAUCUGCAAAGUAAUUUAUUAUGGAAAUAUUGUAUAGGAAUGAUAAUCUAGAUCUUAUAGAAGCUUUUUUUUUUUUUUUUUAUUCACCGGUAUUCUCCCGGCCCGGGUCUUUAUCUCACUAAUAUACGUGUUGAAAUUAUUAGCUAGAUUCUGAUAAUUGUGCUGAACUUGUAUAAAAUAAAAUUAUUAUUAUUA